AUGUACAUCUUGCAACUGUCUGUUCAUUGUAGGGAGGACAACGUUGAUUACAACGAGCUUCAUCACUAUGAUCAAGUCACACUUUUGUUAAAUGAAGUGAAACAGCGCAUUACCUACGGUUCUACGAUUCCAAAUUUGUGUCGCUGUCGUAGACGACCCAUGGUGUUGUUUGACAAGCAUAAUGCCGAGUUGAACUUUGAGUCGUUUGCGAGUUUGAAUGUACUUUAUGAACUUUGGAAAGAUUCUGCUAUAUUUGAGUGAAUGAAUGAGUGAG